AUGGCUGCUCGGAAAGGCAACAACAGGACUUUGAACUCUGCCAAGCCAGCCCUGCUCCAGCUCUCUGACUACCUGCUGACUCAUUACAGAAAGGGUGUCCGGCCAGUUCAGGACUGGAGAAGGACAACCAACGUAGCCAUUGAUGUCAUGGUAUAUGCCAUUCUCAGCGUGGAUGAAAAAAAUCAGGUGCUGACAACCUACAUCUGGUACAGGCAGCACUGGAUCGACGAGUUUCUCAGGUGGAAUCCAGAGGACUUUGAUAACAUCACGCAGAUGUCCCUCCCCACCGACAGCAUCUGGGUACCAGACAUCCUCAUCAAUGAGUUCGUGGACGUGGGCAAGUCCCCGGACAUCCCGUAUGUCUACGUCCGUUACCACGGGGAGGUCCAGAACCUCAAGCCGAUCCAGGUGGUGACUGCCUGCAGCCUGGACAUCUACAACUUCCCCUUCGACGUGCAAAACUGCUCGCUCACCUUCACCAGCUGGCUGCACAACAUCCGCGACAUCAACCUCUCGCUGUGGCGGCAGCCGGAGCUGGUGAAGUUUGACAAGAGCGUCUUCAUGAACCAGGGGGAGUGGGAGCUCCUCUACGUCCUCAGCCAGUUCCGGGAGUUCAGCGUGGAGGGCAGCGACAGCUACGCCGAGAUGAAGUUCUAUGUGGUCAUCCGGAGACGCCCCCUCUUCUACGCCGUCAGCUUGCUGCUCCCCAGCAUCUUCCUGAUGGUCAUGGACAUCGUGGGGUUCUACCUGCCUCCCGACAGCGGGGAGAGGGUCUCCUUCAAGAUCACCCUCCUGCUGGGCUACUCCGUCUUCCUGAUCAUCGUGUCGGACACGCUGCCGGCCACUGCCAUUGGGACCCCACUGAUAGGCGUCUAUUUUGUCGUGUGCAUGGCCUUGCUGGUCAUCAGCCUGACCGAGACCAUCCUCAUCGUGCGCCUGGUCCACAAGCAGGACCUGCAGCCUCACGUCCCCGACUGGGUGAAGCACCUGGUGCUGGAACGAGCCACCAUCCUUCUCUGCAUCCGCGACAGGAAGAAAUUCUACCCCAGCAGGACACAGAGUUCAGACAUCAGCCGGCACCCGGAGAACAAUGACAGCACAGGUACGAGCUGUGGCACUGGGAAAGGGGCCAAGCUGAACCACUACGGCUGCGAGAACCUCAGGGUGGCGGGCGCAAGGCCAUUGCCGGCACCCCCGGCACAAGGAGACAGCUCCCCGGUGGUGGCCAGCAUCCUGCAGGAGAUCUCUGCCAUCCGCCAGUUCCUGGAGAAGCGCGACGAGUUCCGCGACAUCGCCCGCGAGUGGCUCCAGGUGGGCUACGUGCUGGACGUGCUGCUUUUCCGGGUGUACCUGGUGGCUGUGUUGGCCUAUAGCAUCACGCUGGGCACCCUCUGGUCCGUCUGGCAGUACGCAUGA